AAACCACAGGGAGGCCGUACGAGGCAAGCACAAGUGCGACAGAACGUAGCGAAGAAAACGAUGGCUGUGGAACUGUACAACGCCACGGGGAGCCCGCCCUGCACGUUCGUCAGGGUCGUGGCCAAGAAAGUGGGCGUCGAGCUCAAGUUGCACAACAUUAACCUCAUGGCCAAGGAGCAGCUGAACCCUGAAUUUGUCAAGUUGAACCCUCAGCACACCGUCCCAACACUCAACGACAAUGGUUUUGUUCUGUGGGAGAGCCGUGCCAUUGGCAUGUAUUUGGUGGAAAAGUACGCACCGGAAAGCUCGCUGUACCCGAAGGACGUGCAGAAGCGAGCCACCGUCAAUCGGAUGCUGUUCUUCGAGUCUGGCACAAUGUUGCCAGCGCAGAUGGCCUACUUCCGGCCAAAGUGGUUCAAGGGUCAGGAACCGAGCGCCGACCUGAAGGAGGCGUUCGAUAAGGCCCUGGCCACCACCGUCACGCUACUGGGAGAGAACAAGUUCCUCUGUGGCGACCACGUGACCCUGCCGGACAUCGGACUGGCCUGCACCCUGGGAGUAGCGAUUGAGGGCUCCGAAUACGAGGGUCUGGACAAGUUCCCCCAGCUCAAGGAGUACUACCAGCGCUUCAAGAAGGCCUUGCCCGAAUACGAUGAAGUGGCUACAGAAUCCCUGCAGCGCAUCCGCGACAUGGUGGCACGUGCCAAGAGCGGCAAGAGCCCCCACUGACCCUCCCCCACGACGCAUCGAAGUGAAUGAAUGUGUUUCGAUAAGAAGAUGACUGCCCCUUUGUUUCCUGCACAGGAGUGCGAAUCCAACGCGCAAUAAUAAAGCAUAAUUCAUAGAUGGG